UAACCAACUAGAAUUGCACUCAAAAUAGUCACUUGUGUAACGACAAACAAAAUGAGUGACAAGUUAGAUGCGGAACAAUUCAACGACGACGAACUGGAGGCCCCCACUUGGUUGAACCCCCAGUUUAUAGGCGAGAUUCUAAGCACGUACGAAAAGGCCCCUGAAUUAAAAGUGAUUGAUCUUAAAAUCACACCCGCAACUGCCCAAGGAGACCACUAUGCCAGUGUUAUGUUCAGAACUACCGUUGAGUAUGUCACCUCGAAGGGUAAGUUCUCCAAGCCGCUGAUUAUCAAGACAAUGCCCGAGCAGGAAGGACACAAAAAGGACAUGCUGAGCGAAUCGCAUUUGUUCGAAACUGAGAUCGGAAUGUACUGCCAGGUGCUUCCUGAAUUCGAAAGGAUUCUUCAAAAAGCAGGGGAUACCACUAAGCUAUCUGUGCCCUGCAUCUAUCACAGUCUGGAGCCGCGGCAAGUGAUGAUUUUUGAGGACCUGGUGCCUCUGGGAUACUUCGUCAUUCGGGAUCGUCCCGUUUCGCAGGAGGAACUUAAGACCGUCUUCUCGAAGCUGGCCAAAUGGCAUGCAGUCAGCAUAAAAGUUAUUAAGGAGCGACCUGCCUUCCUCAAAGACUACAGAUAUGGUCUAUUCGAUAUGCCCACUAUCCACAAUGAUCCCUUUAUAACCACCGGAAUGGGUAGCUUCAUAGAAAUGCUGGACAAAAUACCCGAACUAAAAAAGUAUAAGCCUCACUUUGAAAAAAUUAAAGAUACAUUUUUGAAGAGACUGGAAGUUGAGAUGCAGGAGUACCACAAAAACCGGCGAAAUGACGCUUACUAUGUCCUGUGUCACGGUGAUUUCCAUCUGCGCAAUAUGAUGUUUAAGAACAAUAAGGAGACAGGAGCUCACGAAGAUACCAUGCUGGUGGAUUUCCAGAUCAGCAAUCUUUGCCCCAUUACCGUCGACCUGACAUAUUCCAUAUAUAUGUUGAUGGAGCCGGAACAACGUAGGGAAAUGGGAAAGGAAUUGAUCAACUAUUAUUUCACAGUUCUUGUAGCCACCCUCAAGAAAAUCGGAUACAAAGGUGAUAUGCCAACCCAAGCUAAGCUCUGGGAGCAAAUGCAUCGAAAUAAGUAUUAUGAUUUCUUUUUGAUAAGCACUUUUCUUCCCCUUAUACUGGCCAUCAAAUCAAAUACUUUUAAAAUGCAUGAUUUAAUCCUGAACCCGGAAACUCGCCAAAAGACUUACUUUCUGGAUACUUACGUAAAGGAUGUUACCAAAAUGUUGCCCAAAUUCGAAAAACUGGGCUACUUUAAGGGUCUUUAAUUUCAAUAUAAGGCCAAAUGUUGUUAUAAUAAACUAAGCCAACCAGUUAUUUGUUUAAUUAACACACGUAAUAAAUAAAGGAAUUGUUUUUGCAA